GCUGCCGCUAUGCAUUUGAUGUCGUGUAGGGUCACCCAUCUAUGAGAUCGCAGAAGAGACGAGACAAGCAAGCCAAGUGUGAUCAUGGCCAGGAAGAAGGGGCUGAAGCGCACUUGUGUGGUGGUCAUAUUCUCUCUGGCUGUCAUCUUCCUCCUGGGAGUCCUUGUAGGAUGGCUCGUCAAGCCAACAGAAGAUCGGAUGAAUGCCUACCAUAAACCAAUAGAUGUCCGAAAGGAGCUUAUAUUGGAAAUGAAGGUGGAAAACAUAAAAAAGUUUUUACAGGAUUUCACAAAAGUUCCUCAUCUGGCCGGGACAGAGCAGAACCUCAACCUGGCCCAACGAAUCCAAGCCCAAUGGAGGGAUUUUGGUCUGGAUAGUGCAGAGUUAGUCCAUUAUGACGUCCUGCUCUCUUAUCCCAACAGCAGCAAGCCCAAUUAUAUCUCUGUUAUUGACGAACAUGGAACAGAGGUAUUUAACACCUCUUUAUCAGAACCACCUCCAGAAGGAUAUGAAAACUUCACAGAUAUAGUCCCUCCAUAUAAUGCAUUUUCGGCUCAGGGGGAACCAGAGGGAGAUCUGGUGUACGUGAACUAUGCUCGCACCGAGGACUUUUUCUUUCUGCAGAGAAACUUGAGUAUCAACUGCGCCGGGAAAAUUGUGAUCGCCAGAUAUGGCAAGAUCUUCCGAGGAAAUAAAGUAAAAAAUGCCAUCUUGGCUGGUGCCAAAGGACUUAUCCUGUUUUCUGAUCCAGCUGAUUACUGCUCCCCUGGCGUUAAACCCUAUCCAGAAGGCUGGAACUUACCUGGUGGUGGAGCCCAGAGAGGAAAUGUGCUGAAUCUGAAUGGAGCUGGAGACCCUCUAACUCCAGGUUACCCUGCUAAAGAGUUUAUGUAUAGAUACAAGGCCGAUGAAGGAGUGGGACUGCCCAGCAUUCCUGUACAUCCUAUAGGUUACCAUGAUGCAGAAAAGAUACUCAAUGUUAUGGGAGGACCAGCUCCACCAAAAUCAUGGAAAGGAAAUCUUAAUGUCUCCUAUAAUAUUGGACCUGGAUUUGUGAGCAACUAUUCAAGCAGGCAGGUAAGAAUGCAUGUUUACACAAACAAUGAAGUCACAAGGAUUUAUGAUGUCAUUGGUACCAUCCGAGGGGCCGUGGAACCAGAUCGUUAUAUCAUUUUGGGAGGCCAUCGAGAUUCCUGGGUGUUUGGUGGGAUAGAUCCAACUACUGGAGCAGCUGUUCUGCAGGAAGUCGCAAGAAGUUUUGGCAAAAAAGUAAAAAAAGGUUGGAGACCCAGGAGAACAAUUAUUUUUGCAAGCUGGGAUGCGGAAGAAUUUGGACUUCUGGGAUCAACAGAAUGGGCAGAGGAAAAUGCUAAAAUUCUCCAGCAAAGAGGAGUCGCCUAUAUAAAUUCCGACUCUUCCAUAGAAGGAAACUACACCCUAAGAGUGGAUUGCACCCCCCUGCUGUACCAGCUGGUAUAUGAGUUGACUAAGGAGAUCUCCAGUCCAGAUGAGGAUUUUGAGGGCAGAUCUUUGUAUGAAAGCUGGACAAACAAAGAUCCUUCCACGCAGAGUGCUGAUCUGCCAAGGAUAAACAAGCUUGGCUCCGGCAGCGACUUUGAAGCAUAUUUCCAGCGUCUAGGGCUUGCAUCCGCAAGAGCACGCUACACAAAAAAUAGGAAAACGGACAAAUACAGCAAUUACCCGGUCUACCACACAGUAUAUGAGACAUUUGAGCUGGUGAAUCAGUUUUAUGAUCCUUCAUUUAAGAAACUACUUGCGGUAGCUCAGCUGCGUGGAAGCCUGGUGUACAAGCUCGCUGACUCCCCCAUUAUACCGUUUAAUGUCCUGGAUUAUGGUAUAGAGCUGAAGAAUUAUGCUGACAGCAUCUCUAACCUGGCUAAGAAACAUCAAGAUAAGAUGAAGACCUACGGUGUGUCUUUUGAUUAUUUGUAUUCUGCCGUUAAUAAUUUUACAAAUUAUGGGGCUGACCUAACCCAGCGCAUCACAAGCAUUGAUCUAAAGAA